GUACGAGUUAUCCCCCUUAUGUAAUGCCCGGAUGAAGAAAUAGAAUAAAACACGCGACUGGCGAAUGUUGUCACACAACUAUCUAGGCCUAUAUCCCCGACAUUUACAUAUUUAGGCCACCCUUUCUAAACUUUAUGAUAUGAUAAAUGACACCAGGGGAAUAAUGAAGUGAUAGAAAAUAACAAAACAUCGAUAAAAAUCGAAAAGAAGAAUAUUCUGGCCACCCAAUAUUGCCUGAUAGGCUACGAUUUCAGGAUAAGGAAGCUGAGACGGGUCUCUUGAUUGAGGGGAACAGACGAUAUUCGAGAAGAUGGAGCAGAGCUAGUGGUUUCAUUUAUUGUGCAGUCUGCCAAGAUGUCCGAUCACCACAUAAAGGACCUACGUCCUGGUAUUAAGAAUGUAAACCUCAUGUUUAUAGUGCUGGAAAUAGGAAAGCCAACAAGAACAAAGGAUGGCCAUGAUGUGCGUUCAUGUAAAGUUGCAGACAAAACUGGAAGCAUCAACAUAUCUGUAUGGGAUGAAACUGGCGACCUUCUACAGACAGGUGACAUAUGUCGCCUAACCAAAGGGUAUGCCAAUAUUUGGAAAGGCUGUUUGACACUAUAUACUGGAAAAAAUGGAGAAAUUAUCAAAAUUGGAGAAUUUUGUAUGCAGUUCUCAGAGGCUCCCAAUAUGAGCGAACCUGUACCAGAUGCUGUACAAAAGGAAGGACAGCCGCCGGGUCAGAGAAAGUCACCUACUGAAGGUGGGGACAAAGGACUUCUCCCUAAUCCCGGGGGACCACCAACCAAUCAAACGCCACCAAGUGGCAGGGGAAAUCCUAAUUAUCAAAAUCAAAGACCACCACGGCCUUUCAUACAAGGUCAAGGUCAAGGUAGAGGCAUGCCUCAAGGUCACGGUGGAAACAUGGCCCCUAUGAAUGGGCGAGGAGGGCGGGGCAUGAGAAGAUGAUUGACAUCUUGAUACUAGUUCUCAUUGUAUAAUAACACUUCGAUAAAUUCUCCUUGAAAAAGUAUCAAACAAGAUUGCCAAACAAAAAUUUAUGAAAUGUAAUUUAUACAGUGUAAAGUUUUUGUUGUACUGAAUCUCUAUGUAAUUAGAAGCAAGGUUAUUUGCUUUAGAGUGGAAACAACUGCAUCUAAUAUUAUUGAUAUUUUCAUCAAGCAUAUAUAAUGUUUUUUUUUUGGCAAAUAUACCGGGGAUUUUUGUUUCAGUUUGAGUACAUACAUUACAUUAAUGCUACAAAAUAUAUACAGAGACUGUCUUGUUGAAAAGGCCACCUGUGUAUAACAAAAACCUGUCUAAAUAGACCAUCUGUUUUGGUUCCCAAUUUGUCAUGAAUAUUUAAAUGAAGCCAACCUGUCUAUAAAAACACUUUUCUGGGAUUCUUUGAGUGGCUUUUAUAGACAAGUCUGACUGUAUACCAUGUCAUGUAUUUGCUCACUGCUGUGCUAAAAAAAUCUUCACAUAUAUACUGUAUUUUUCAGUAAGUAAGUCUUGUCCACAAAUACCGCAAACAAUUAAGCCCUUUCUUAAUUGAUAGAAUUUCGUUUUCAGAACAGUCCAGAAUUUGGUUCACAAACAAAUUGUCCCAUAACUUUAUGGCUAAAAUUUGCAUUCAGGAAUGAGGCUCAUUUGGGAAUAAAAGGGUGAAAGUUGAAGUGAGCAAAUAUUUUCAUGUAAAAUAACUUGACAUACAAUGUUGAUACUUAGUAGAUAUGUGAUUGUGUUCACACUCUGUUUUCUAGAGUGUGAUAUGUAUGAUGCAGUAAAGGUGGGGCUUUAAGAAAUUUAUAAUGUGCUUUGAAUUUAAAUGAAAUUGUUCACCCAAAUAAUAAUUAAUUGUCACUAUGGGCAUCCAUUUCUCUUCCCCAGCAUUCCACUUCUCUUCGAGAAGCUUGAAAAACAGGCUGGUCUGUGCUGUCGUGGUUGUGUCCUUAGGCAAGGCAUUUUACCCUAAUUGCUCUGGAUGGCAUGCAAUGGACCUCCCCUAUUUUAUUUACUAAAGUAGUCACCAACUACUACAAGUUGACUCUGCUUCAAAAUGACCUUGGCUAUUGAUGGGGCGAUAAACCCAGCAAGCAAACAAACAUGCCUACCACUAAUGAUUUAGAUACACACUUGUACACCACUAAUGGCCAUUUAGUACAUUCACAUUAAAAGCAAACAUUGCCUUUGUGAAAGUCAUGUGCAAUAUUAAUUAUGUAUGAACAAAACUUAUGAAAUGAUACAUGAAAUAUUCAUGCAUGUAUAAACAAAGAUCUCAAACAAAUAUUUGACCCCAUCCGUUUGAAAUUUACCCCUUUGGUCUUAAUUUUAUAACAUCAUUUCACAAUUUGUCCAAUUCACUCCAGUCACACUGCCUAGAGCCUGAAUUUUGCACUUUUUACUUUCCCCCCCUUUGGUAUAUAUAGCCGACGCUAAAUAUAUGUAUUUCAGUAAAUAUUUUUUUCAGAUCAGUCAAACCUGGAGGAUUUAAAUAAGACAAAAACUUUAUGCGAGAAUGGAUACAUGUAAAACUGCCUGUACCUUCAUUUAUAUUUGAAUAUUUUGGCUGAUGGCCGACCUAAACUUUUUGUACUUCAAGUUUCAUGAAAACAUAAUGAAAUGAAAGGUGUGAUGAUAGUGUUUGUGGAAUAUGUUACUGAUUCUGAUUUCAAUUGUAAGGUCAUUUAUCACAGGGAUGAAGUUCAGCAAUUUUUGUCAUGGAUAAAUCCUUGUUUUGCAUUAUGAAUAUAAACAGAAAUCAUAUACACUGAUAUCUGUAUUUUUGUCAUGUUUGGAUACAAAUUAUUUGUCAAUGUUGUGAGCCUCAUAUUGAAGGAGGAACUCGAGGAUGUUUUAAGUUUUUCUAUUCUCUGACUAUA